GGCGAUGGAAGUCAGCCAGUAUGCAACAGGUGUAUGAAGUCCAAGGCAUACUGCGACCGCUCUGUGAGGACCACCGCCUCGAUCCAGGCAUGGCGGCCGCCAAGCCAUGAUCAAGAUCCAAACGCUUCCUUCCCGACCCCUGAUUCACCCCGUAAAGCACUUGAAACCUCUCGGAUUGCACAAUACUUCCAGCACUACAUCAAGACCAUUGCACCAUGGUACGACUUGAGCGAUCAGCUAUGUACCUUCGCCACUGAGGUCCCCAGCAAGGCCCUAGAUGAACCGUUAUUGUUCGGUGCCAUCAUCGCACUGUCCGCUGUGCACCUGAGCAAGACAACGGCGCCCAAGGCACGAACAGCGGCUGACUUCUAUCACGGAUACUGUGUGAGGACAUUGAUCGAGUUGGAGCCAGGCGAUAGGCGUGUAAAGUCGGGUGUUGCUCUAGCUUCGACGUGCCUCCUGCGCUCCUACGAGAUUCUAGCUGAGGAGCAAGACCCCAAUCGUCACCUUCAUGGAGCCUACUCGCUGGCAUCGGAGCGAAGUCUCUGCGCUGACAGUCUUUGUUGGAAUGCAGGGUUCUGGAACUACCUGAGGGAGGAUAUCACCUUCAGCCUCUUCACCGGCUCCAAGUUAAAGACCGACCUGAAACACACACCUGAUCAUGUCUUGAUCACACAGCCAGACUAUCUCAAUCAGAUGUCCAUACUUCUUGGGAAUGUCGUCAAUGCCUGUUUUGGUGAUGUGGUGUCAGACGAUGAAUGGGAUCAUAAUUUAGCGACGCUGCGCCAGCAGAGUAUGGCGCUACCAACCAGCUUUCAAGCCUUCUCGCGAGCACUGGGUAGUGGAUUAUCAUCUGUUGACUGUAUUCCUUCAGUCUGGAUGGUGCAGGCUUGUCAUGGUGGAAAGUUCAUUAGGAACGAAGCAUGCCAGCAGGAAUUGAUUAGACGGCUUUAUGGGAGCAGAGCGAUGACAGGAUGGCCGGUGCAGAGGACCAUUGAUAGCCUCCAACAGGACUGGGGAAAGAGCCAAAAGUCUAGCAUAUAG